UUAUGGUAUUCCUGUUCCACCGGACUCUCGGAGAUUUGGCGGAAGUUCCAUUUUAAACAAUUCAUCAAUGCCCACCUCAAGGAACAAUUCUAUUUCCGGUCAGAUCAAUUCCUUUUCCGGUAUACACCCUCCGGUUCCUACUGGAAAACAAAAUGCCGGGGUUAAUGGCCUCAAGGAACACAGAGAGAACAGGGAUUCUACGCGGAAUGAAAAUAGUAAUUUACCUCUUCGUAAAUCUGAAAACGACUUGGGAAAACUGAAAGCUUUUUCUGCUCUGUAUACGGGCCAGGAGCUCCGAGAGAAGGAGGAGGAGAAUGUGACAGGAUUGAAAAAAGUUUUAAGAUUUCUAACUUUUGGAUUAUCUGGGGAUGCUGACGGUCCUGGCUGCUGUGCUUUUUUCCUUGCAAUAUUCUCUGCUCUGAUAGUAAUAGCAACCCUACCCCUCUCUCUAUUCUUCACUGUUAAGGUUGUCAAGGAGUAUGAAAGAGCUGUAAUAUUUCGACUAGGUCGCCUCAGAAUGGGAGGAGCUAAAGGACCUGGAAUAUUCUUUAUUAUUCCCUGUAUUGACUCCUUCAUCAAGGUCGAUCUCAGAACUGUGUCAUUCGAUGUUCCACCGCAAGAGGUCAGGGUUUCUAAUCCUACGAUGGCGAUGAAUAAUGUUGAGGAUUUCAGACACUCAACACAUUUACUGGCAGCUACUACAUUAAGAAAGGAUGUGCGGCUUCCUGUUCAACUGCAAAGAGCAAUGGCAGCAGAAGCAGAAGCAACCAGGGAGGCUAGAGCUAAGGUGAUACAAGCAGAGGGAGAGAAAACUGCAUCUACUGCACUAAGAGCUGCAUCUGAAAUAAUAUCUAUUAACCCUGCUGCAAUGCAGCUUAGAUAUCUACAGACAUUAAACUCUAUUUCUGGAGAGAAAAAUUCUACAAUUAUUUUCCCGAUCCCGAUAGAUUUCAUGGCUAACUUCGGCAGCAAGAAACUACAGUGAACAGAUAGAAUCCCGAUCCCGAUAGAUUUCAUGACUAACUUCGGCAGCAAGAAACUACAAUGAACAGAUAGAAUCCCGAUCCCGAUAGAUUUCAUGGCUAACUUCGGCAGCAAGAAAUUACAAUGAACAGAUAGAAUCCCGAUCCCGAUAGAUUGCAUGGCUAACUUCGGGAGCAAGAAACUACAGUGAACAGAUAGAAUCCCGAUCCCGAUAGAUUUCAUGGCUAACUUCGGCAGCAAGAAACUACACUCAACUCCAGGACCGAGCAACUACCGUGAACAGAUAAAAUAAAUUUUUACCUUAAAAUCAUUUUUAUAAAGAGAUAAUCGGAAAUCAAUAUUAGCUUAGCAGAUUUCUUUUCUUGACACUUAUCUAAAGUUGUCUUUUUCGAACGCAAAUGAAUAAAUAAAUAAAUAACAUUUUGGAGAUUCUAGGAGUGCAAUGUUCACCUUAUUUUUAUCAAAAUUGUGUGGUUUACAUAAGAAUGCCGCGUUCAGAUGUCACUUUAUAUUUUCACGUGUCAGCACUUACUGUAAUAUAGAUAAGAUUUGAUUGUAAAUACAUUUUUAUUUAAUU